AUGGACGAUCAACGCAGAAACGGCUUCCUCGGAGACAGCCUCAGCAAACGCGACAAGAAAAGGCAACAGAUAGGCUCCCGGCUUGCAAAGAUAGAGCUCACAUUCAGUGCUGAACGAGAUAACUACUACCGGGAGCUGCUCCACGAGCUCCAGUCCGCGUUGGCAACGUUACAGCAGGGAACCAAUGAGGAAUUCUUGGGGAAACGAGCCGAAUUGGAGGAACAACGGGACUAUGAGCUUACCAAACUCCGGCUUUGGGAGGAGUACCAGGUGAAGCGAAUCGAAACCGAAUACAAUGAAGACAUCGACAAAGCCAAAGACAACCACAACAAGAUGAUCAAGCUCAUCAAGGAGAAACUUUAUGACAAGCUCCUGAAACAGAUCAAGCAGCUUAAGGAAGACAAGUUGUUGUUGAACUUGGUGAACGCCAAUUCGUGGAACAAUUCCAAGGAGGACUCUGCCACCGUAGCUUUGAACGCAGCAGCUGCAGCGAGCUCGCUCAACAUCAACGACCGUCGUUCCUUGCGUAAGCGUGAGAUGAGUUCUCGUUUCACAACUGGAGAGGCAGACGAUUUGUCGGAUGGUGGCAUUGGAGCAGGUUCCACCACCGCAGGGAACGCCUCUUCGAUACCGAAUGGAUACAUACUGGCUUCCAAGAGACGGAGACACUAUGCCACACGGUACUCUUCAGCAGACGAAAUGUCAUCAGGCAUCACCAGUAACACAGGCCACAACAGUCGGGUUGUGGCCGCAGGUCCCAGCAGUGGCAACGACUCCAACCUCAGCGAUAAGGACUAUGAUGCCUUGAACACCUUGAUCAUGGAUAACGAUGACGCCGGUCCGUCGUUGGUUUUGCUUGAUAAGGCAGGUAAACCCAACACGAGAGGGUCCCACAAGCAGUUUGUUGGGCCCAAUGGAUUGAAGCCGGAAGAGUUGAACGAGGAUUUGGCUAUGUUGAAGAUGGCGAUUGGACGCAAGGAUUAA